CACGAGCAGUACAAACACGCUGGAGUUUGAGACGAGUAGGUUGCUGUGCCCUUUGCUUUCACUUUCAUUGUCUAUAGAAUGAAAAUCCUUUGCGUAAUCUGUCAAGACCAAUUAUUAUUAGCCAAAGACAUUUUUUUCACUCGUUGCGGACAUGUAUUUCAUCACCAUUGUCUGUUACAGUGGCUCGAAAGAUCGAAGACCUGUCCGCAAUGUCGUGACGGAGUGACAGUAGAAAAAAUCCAUAAGGCUCAUUUUACGGUUUCGAGUACCGAUAUCGCAGCGGAUAAUGCUAAUGCGGACAAUUUAACCCUACAAGGGAGGAUAGACAGUCUCAAAUUUCAAAUUUUACUGAGUGAAAAAAAUAUCAAACAUUAUACUUCGAAAAAUACAGUUCUGGAGAAACAAAAUGCUGGCCUUAGACAAGAAGUGCGAAAAGUGGAAAGCGAAAUGAGACAGAAAAACUCGACUAUCUAUGCUUUAAAAGAACAGAUAAAUUAUUUUAAGGAGAAGUAUCAAGAGUGUGAUGUUCUCAAAAAGCAGCUGUCUCAGAAAGAAAGAGAGGUGGAGCAAUUCCAAGACAUGUAUAAAUCACUGUCAACAAGUACACUUGAGGACGUACGGGAAAUGAUUGAAAAAACGACUGAUCGUAAUACUUUGAUUAAUUAUGUUUCUAUGAUGAAAAAGAUAAUAUUAAAGAAAACAAAAAAAAUAGCAAAUCUUGAAAGUCAGCUUACAAGGCAUCAGCAGUCCUUAGACAAAGAUUUGCGUUUUGCACUUUGCGAAAGUGAAAAUUUAGCGCUACGACAGCGAGUUAAUGAACUAAAAUUGCUUACAUCUAAUCAAAACUGUGUUUCCAAAUCUAGCAAUCAAAGAAGCUACAAUGAAAAAUCUUUAAUUACAAAUAUAAAAGACAAGAUAAAGACAAAUAUUCAUAACCAGCAAAAAAACACAAAACAGGAAACUGCAGAUCAAAAUAAUUCAUCGACUUCAGAGGCAGAAGUUGAAAUCAUUGAUACAAACCAGGAAAAUUCUAUGCCUAAUUCUACACUCGACGAAUGUCCAACUAUUACAAAAAAGGCAAGAUUAGGUUUGCAAUUAGGUAACAGUAGCGAGAAGACAAAUAAUGUGAAUAAGGAUAAUGUUAAUAAUACCGCAGAGAUAAGUUCACAAUCAAAUGUUAAAACUUCAUUGAAAAAAAAAAUGAAAAAUCUUUCGUGA